UUCUUCCCCCUUUUCAUUUUUUUUUCUUUCUUAAUUAGUAUCAAAAAAACCCUUUAUUUAACACACUCCCUAAUCCCAUUCAUCUUUCCCAUUUUCAAAAUAACUCACUCUCUUCUCCUCCUCCUCUUUCUUCUUCCCCAAAACAUUUUUACACAAAAACUCACUAAAGAUCUAAUCUUUUCCAAUUUUCAACAAUACCCAGAUUCGAAUUUUCGAUUUUGACACUGAAUUCGAGUUGGGUCUUCUCAAUUUUCAUCGUUAAAGAUGGAAAACAACAACAAUAACCAGUCCUUUCUUCAAUUCAGUGAUCAGCUUCGUCACCAGACUUCAAACCUAGCUAAUUUUUCAAUCAACGAUUCGAUCUGGGGUAGCUCUUAUGGAACUACAAAAAGGACUGGAGAAAGAAGGAAUUUUGAUAUUAGGGUUGGCGGCGAUCUCAAUUCUCCAUCAACCCUAAAUGGGUCUUCUUCUUCUUCUUCUUCAGUUUCAACUGGUUUCAACAACGAUGGUUGGAACAGUUUUAAGCAAAAUGGGUCUGAGUUUAAUGGGUUCACUAACAACAACAACAACAACAACAUCAAUUAUAAGCCAAAAGCUAAUUCAGAGCACUUCAAUGGGUUUGGUCUUCCUCAGAAGAAUAUUGGGGUUAAUGGAGCUUUUAAUAAAGGGAUUUAUUCAAAGUCUUUGAAUCACAACAUUUAUAAUGAUAUUGGUAUGAAUAUGAACAUGGGUAUGAAUAUGAAUUUGGGUUUGAAGAGUCAUCAUAAGAAAAAUGAUGAUCAUCAUGUUGGUGUUAAAAGUGGGAAAAAGAACAGUAACAAGAAGAAUAACAACAACAACAAUGGUGGUGGUGGUGGUGAUAGUAAUAAUGAUAAUAAAGAAGGUAAGACUGGUACUGAUAAGAGGUUUAAGACACUUCCACCAUCUGAGUCUCUGCCUAGAAAUGAAACCGUUGGUGGGUACAUCUUUGUCUGCAACAAUGAUACUAUGCAGGAAAAUCUCAAAAGACAGCUUUUUGGUUUGCCUCCUCGUUAUAGGGACUCAGUUCGUGCUAUAACACCAGGGUUACCUCUUUUCCUCUACAAUUACUCAACACACCAACUCCAUGGAGUUUUUGAGGCUGCUAGUUUUGGUGGGAGUAACAUUGAUCCUACUGCUUGGGAAGACAAGAAAUGUGCUGGGGAAUCACGUUUUCCUGCUCAGGUUCGAGUUAUUACAAGGAAAAUCUGUGAACCACUUGAAGAGGAUUCUUUCAGGCCAAUUCUUCAUCACUAUGAUGGACCUAAAUUUCGCCUUGAACUAAACGUGCCUGAGGCACUUUCUCUCUUGGAUAUAUUUGAAGAUCAAGAGUCUUGAACAGAAAUACAUUAUAUACAAGAACUAUAGAUACAAAUACUAGUUAAAAGAUGAAGAAGAAGAAGAAGAAGAAGAGUUGAGGAAAUGGAAAUCUACUACUGCAGCAAUAUUUAUAUAUAGUUAUGUUUAAAAAUCAGUAUAUGGGGAAAGUAUAGAGAGUUUGAGAAGGAAAAAGUUUGUGUUUUUAUGGGUGGUGAAAUCAAAACUAAGUGCACCCUAUAGUGAUGAUGAAGUUUGUAUAAUCUUCAAAGGCUUGACCUUUUUUCUUUUUCCUUUUCUUUCUUUGUUUUUGGUUCUUUUUACAGUGUGUAUAAAUAAGUAUUUAAGUGAUAAAAACUAAGAUAUAAGUUUAUGAACAAUAAUAGUAAUAAUAAUACUCACAAUAAUAAUAGUGUGAGUAUGUGCUGUUUUAUCUUUUAUGUAUGAGAAAAAGGGUUUGAUCUGAAAUCAAAAACAGGCAAGUUUUUCUUAUAA